GCUGUUUAGUUUCUACGGAUACGGCAGACUGCCUCGCGAAAGCGGUAGGGAAGCGGUGCAGUAGUCGAAUCGAAAGUAAGAGUACCACAGACAGCAUCCAAUUUCACGACCGACGGCCGUGGCCGACUGCAGGAACCACAAUAUUCGAUUCUUCUACACCAGACGCACUGAACAGUCGCAGUCUUGACAGCCUGACUGCUGCAUCUGCAUCUGCUCCCAGCACUGUCUGCGACCGAGCAGCCUCAGCUGCAGCGACCGUCACGACUCGAACGCUCACCAGACCACCCUCGAAGUAAAACCUGGGGGCACCGCUCUUCCUCACAACGUCUACCCUGUAGGAGAACCCUUCCGACCUGCCCUUGAGAUGAGAUAGCCCGGCGAACACCUCGGCCCUUGGACGGACUGAGCUUCGAUCAGGACAGACAAAGGAACGGAACGGGAGGACCCUGAUCAAGCUGCUUGUGUUCAAUUGCUGGUGCUGGCGGGCGACUCGAGACCCUUCCAAUGCUUCGAGAAAAGAAAGCUCCCUCAGGUCCAAGGCCGGACUACUCACCGUCCAAGGCGUACGCCAAUCUCACUGUCGAGAACCUGCCCCUGGGCCCUGCUGACUUCUAUCCCUCUGGCAGACAAGAAAAUUACGAUCCAGGCGCAAGAGCGCCUGCAGCAUCUGUGCGAGAACCGACCCUCCAUGCCUCGACUCGGAAUAACCAUUCACUCUUUUCUUUUGGCGGGCAGACCGGUGCAGAUGAGAAUCUAGGCGGAUCUUACGAAUUCCUACCCUCCCCAAGCUUCGACGACCUCCAGAGCAGUAUUGCAACCGCGUCUAAUGAUUUCAAUUUCGAACGAUCAAGUGUGUUAGAGAGCAGCGUGAUAGGAGGGAAACGAACAAACGAAGCAAUGAAUACAUCUACGGGAGACGUGAGAGCGAAUGGGACAGGGCGUGUUCCUUCCACUGGAACCAGGCCAGGGAGGGCAGGUUCGAUAUUACGGCGGCAGAGUACAUCAACGAGACAGAGCAGCGUAUCCUCCACUGCGUCUGGGGCAACUGGAACUAUGGAUCCCCCAAGUGCUCCCCUUGCUAUGAGAUCCCGGCGGCAAAGUCAAUAUCCCCCAAUAUCUGGUAGUGCCACGGCCAAUGCUGCCAAAGCCCCGAGGAAAUCUAUAGGACCAGGAGUUACAGGUACAGAUCCGGAUUAUACACGGGCAACACAGAGAAGGCGGCCAAGUCUGGCAUCAAGUGUGUCUUCACAGGGUCUCUCUGAUGCAGGAGGAGUGUCUACGCGUGUCAAUAUUGGAGGAGCACCAACAUAUACCGAUGGGGCUCGUGGACUUACUGCUUCAAGAGCAGCAAAGACCAAAUCCCUCCAGCCGCCUUCCAGGCAAGGACAGACACAUCUGGUAGCAAAGACCGGUACUCCAGAUCACACCAGAUCAUCCUCUUUUGCUGGCAGAUCCCCAGGCCGACCCAAUGGACGAGGCACUACUACUCCAUCUUCCUCGAACAAGCGGAUGUCUGUGAUACCAGGGAUGCCAACUUCGUCGUCUCAUGCCACUGGACUCGGUGCACGAACAGUCAGUCCCACAGAUGCACGGAGAGCAAAGCGUUUAUCAGUUCUACAAGGCCCUCCUCCGAUGCCAAACACCCCGCCAACUCCACAACCCGAAACAUCCACGAUCCGAACAUCCUCGAGGUCCCCUUCUAUGCUACCGAGAAAAGCCUCGACUCCCUCUUCUUCUAGAACUACACCGGACCUUAACCGCUCAUUACAACCGCGAAUGCAACUUCCACCUUCCUCGUCCAGAUUACCCACGCCGAAGCCGAGAAAUGUGCAUAGUUCUACUGGGAAUAACGAAGAGGAGGAAGUGCCGCCUGUACCAGCGAUACCAAAAGCAUACGAAUCGCCGAAAGACUCUCCAGCAGAUCCUCCAUUCUUCAAGAGAAAGUCGAGCAUGCCAUUUGAUGCCAGCAGUAUCAAUAGUACAUCUACCAAUAGUUUAUCUGGGAGAGGUUCGAUUCGAGAUCCGCCAAAGAACGAUCGAGAACCAAAGGCCAGGAAGUACGGUCCGACGGCAAUAUCAGAUGAUCAGCACAACCCUACACCUGUGAAGAAGAAGAAUUUACAACCUCUACGACUCCCACCUAUAAAUCUGCUGCCAUUGAGUACUCCCACAACGGCGAAGAUUGCAGCCCUUCAGGACAAGGAUACCCCAUACUCGGAUGGACAAACAACCCCGCCUCCUCGACGUGUAAAUACCAAAACUCCAAGUACACCUAUGACUGCUUCAAAGGCCUCGUUCUUCUCUAGGAAACGAACAGACUCCAAGGCGGAAGAUACUCUUUCUCAUAUGAGAAGCAGUAGCUCAAUUCACUUCUUACAAUCGGAAUCCUCGUCUCAACUUGGUGGCAGUGGACCCGAGGCUAGUAAGCCUAUCCCAAUCAGCUCUCGACAAACGAGGCAAGCUGUAUCGCCAUUUAUCUCUUCUUCUCUACCGAAGAAUGGCGGAGAACACUCAUUCAUGCCAAGAUCUAAGACUAGCGGUGAUGUUUCCGCUCCAGAUACAUCCACUGCUGAGCCUCAACGACCUGCUAGAUUGACUGGACCACGUGCUCAAAAGUUAGCAAAGCCAGUAAAGAAUGAGACGCCCACUAGAGCCUCUAGUCCUGAAGAGCCUUCAACUCCAUCUUCUGGUACUUCUCUCCGUCGAAAGCUAAGCCUGGGCUGGAAGAGGAGCACUUCGAAGAGUAAUAUCAACGCGUCACAUGCAGCUAGCGAGCGAGAAUCUGAGUAUCCUCCUCAACCACCAAAGCAUGACAACAUGCCUCCACCACGUCUUCCUGCAUCCGCAAUCAUCAGCACUUCGAAUAGCCAAAGUGUAUCAAGCCCUAGCCCUAGUGUCAAGUCCACGACCUAUCUUGACUCCAAGCGUCGAAAGAGCUCAAUUUCAAGCAUGACCAUGUUCAACGGCCACGACAGAACUCGCAGCGAUUCUUGGGGUCUCAACGGCAGCCCAAAGAAAGAGCACUCGACACAAAGCGACAGAACUCUUCCAUCUUCACGUUCAACGUCAUCUGUUAUGCACAAGAUGCUGAAUUCAAAGGCUUCAAGCAACACAAUUCGAUCUACAGAUCGUUGGACCGCUGAUCUGGACAAAGACGACAUGAUUGCAGAGUCUGAGGUCAAGAAGCUCGCCACGAGACGUAAAGACACCGAACAAGCAGCUACGAUUCUGGACGCGCUUCGUCAACGUGCUGUUCCCCAAGAUCGCAUAUCACCUCAAUCAGCUUUGCAAGUUCUCAAUCUCAAUAUCUUUGAACGUGGAGAGAUCGUGGACUACAAAGAUGUAUACUUUGCUGGAACACCAAACGCUGCCAAGCAUGUUGGGCAAUUGGCUACUGAUACGGCUAAUUUUGGCUACGAUGAUGAGAGAGGAGAUUACAGCAUCAUUCCUGGAGAUCACUUGUCUUACAGGUACGAGAUCAUUGAUGUGCUUGGCAAGGGAAGUUUCGGACAGGUUGUGCGAUGCAUUGAUCACAAGCUGGGUACACUGGUUGCUGUGAAGAUCAUUCGCAACAAGAAGCGUUUCCAUCAGCAAGCUUUGGUAGAAGUGAACAUCUUGCAAAAGCUGCGCGAAUGGGACCCCAAAAACAAGCACAGCAUGGUCAACUUCACUCAAAGCUUCUACUUCCGUGGUCAUCUUUGUAUCUCUACCGAACUUCUCGACAUGAAUCUCUAUGAGUUUAUAAAGUCCAAUGCCUUCAAAGGAUUCUCCUUGAAGAUUGUCCGCCGUUUCACCAAGCAGAUGCUCAGCAGUUUGUUACUGUUGAAACAACACAAGGUUAUUCAUUGCGAUCUGAAGCCUGAGAAUAUCCUCCUUGCCCACCCAAUGCACUCCGAGAUUAAGGUCAUCGAUUUCGGAUCCAGUUGCUUCGAGAAUGAGAAGGUCUAUACGUACAUCCAAUCACGAUUCUACCGCUCCCCAGAAGUUAUCCUUGGAAUGACAUACGGUAUGCCUAUCGAUAUGUGGAGUUUGGGAUGUAUAUUGGCAGAGUUGUAUACUGGUGUACCCAUAUUCCCUGGUGAAAACGAGCAGGAGCAACUUUCGUGUAUCAUGGAGGUCUUUGGUCCACCUGGCAAGCACCUGAUCGACAAGAGCACCCGCAAGAAACUCUUCUUUGACUCAAUGGGCAAGCCUCGUCUGACUGUCUCCUCCAAGGGACGCCGACGCAAGCCAUCUUCCAAGACCCUCCAACAAGUCCUGAAGUGCGACGACGAGGCUUUCCUCGACUUCCUUGCACGCUGUCUCCGCUGGGAUCCCGACACUCGCAUGAAGCCAGAGGAAGCCAUCCGCCACGAAUUCCUCACUGGUCAGAAACCCGCUGCUCCUCUACCCCGCAUGGCAGUCAGAAAUGAAUCGCCUAUCAAGAGAACCAACACCAUAGCUACAACUCCAUCUGGUUCUCAUCGUCCUCUUCCUGAACCGCCUGCUACGAGCUUCAAGAAUGGCACGGCUGUCAGAUCGAGAGAGACUUCUGGAUCGAGUCCUGUCAAGAAUGCCGCGCCGCCGCGACGACAGUCGAAUAUUAACGGUCUUGCUUCGACUACGGGCAGUAAGCGGACGAGUACUGGUGGGAAUAUGGCGCAGGGGAAUAGUGGUCUGCCGAGGGUUACGAGGAGUGUUAGUGGGAAGCUGGAUGGUGGCGGCGGCGGGGGCGGUAUGGCUUCUGCGGGUGCGAGUGCGGCUAUGAAUAAACGCGCAUAGACGCAUAGGCGAACUGCUCAUGAGGAAUGUUGUUAUAUCAUGUCACGAUGGAUGGAUGGAUGGAUGGAUUGGGUUGGGUACAUGUGAAAUGAGCAUGAGCAUGAGCAUAGACAUGGUUGGCAUGAGAAUGAUGGAUUGACGGAUGUAUGGGCUGGCUAUACUCGACUCGCGAUGAGAUGAGAUGAAAGCUGGCGAAAUGUGCGUACAUGCAUGCAUGGCUGCAUGGUUGCAUUGUGGUCUGGUCUGAUCUGGUCUUUGUUUUCCGGCGCGGCGUACCAUUUUUGUUUUUGCUUGGUUGUUCGAGUCGUUCCUUCACACAUACCCUUUUUAACUACUUUUGCCUCUUGGCUUUGGCUUAGCUCUAACUAGCUGGGCUUUUUUGAACACUUUUUUAAUGUGCUUCUACCUUCUUCUUCUGCUGCUGCUGCUCUGAUUCUCGAUAUAGAAAGGGCUGCUUCUUCAAGACGGGGAUGGGGAUGGGUG